GGAUAUGAUCUUUCCCUAGCUACCUUAAUUCACUGCACCAUCGACCUCUUCUAUCUGCCAAUCACCAUACCAACAACAGACAACAACAAAUUAUUAAUUCCUUUGCCUUUCCCACCGGCGGAACCAAACGCUGAGAAGUCAGAGCAGCUUAAUUCACCGCACCAUCUCUCUUUUCUAUCUACUACCGGGCCACCACCACCGAACCAAAAGCUUUCCGCCGCCAGAGUGACUGCCCGCGUCCCGUCCUCCACACCUGACUGAUCAACAUGGCCGGCGAAUCCCCUUCCCAUUUUUUUGUUGUGUACGCACGAGAGGUUUGAGACCAACAACCGCUC